GUGUGACCGCCACCUUACCGCACAAGCGAUUUCCCGCGUCAGACGAGCAGUCGUCAGUUCGCACAAAGAGCAUCCCCUAGAUACGCUUCAGUAUUCGUAAUAAUUGAUAUCUAAUCAUUAUCGUACAGUAACGCUCGAUCCAGUCACCUUUUGAUAAUCUGUGCUGUGUGGUGUGGCGAAAAUGCUAGUUUGACGUGCUUUAAUAUGGGCGAAGACAAUAGGAAGGAGGGGAAAUACACCCCUUUGUUGCGACAGUGUUUCGUGACGGCUUCGGUGGCCAUCAACAUCAUCGGCCAUGGCAGUAUCAUCGGCUUUCCUGCUAUCUUGAUCCCAAGCCUUCGCAAACCUGACUCGUACAUCCACGCCACCACAGCGCAGGAGUCAUGGAUCGCUUCCAUUGUUGGCUUCGCUCUGAUCGUGGGGAACUUCAUUAUCACGAUCAUUUUGGAUAACAUCGGACGGAAGAAAUCCCAUCUCCUCACCGUAUUUCCGGUCUUACUGGGAUGGUUUAUGCUCCUGUUGGUGAACAAUGUCGCGGGUCUCAUCGUAGCUAGAUUUAUCCAAGGAGUAGCCAUGGGAAUGCUUGGACCUUUGGGGUCGAUCAUCAUUGGGGAAAUGACUGAUCCUAAAAACAGAGGGAUGUUCCUCACAAGUGUCUCAUUAUCACUGACCAUUGGUGUCCUGUUCUCCCACGCACUCGGUACCUACUUCACUUGGCAGCAAAGUGCUUUGAUUUGUUCCUUUACAACGUUCACAAGUUUAUGCCUGAUGAUAUUUACACCAGAAUCUCCAUCCUGGCUAAUAACCAAAGGAAGGUACGAAGAAGCCAGAACAGUCUUUUUCUGGUUAAGGGGAAAUAGCGAGGAACAGCAAGUCGAAUUGGAGAAAAUGAUUAUUGCGCAGAAAAUGUCAAGAAAAUCUAGCGUCGCUGAUCAGAAGUUGUCAAUACAAGCGCGUUUAAAGAGAUACUUUAAAUAUAUAAGUGAGGCUGGCAAGAAACCGGAAUUUUUCAAACCUGUAAUCAUCAUGGUCUUCUUGUAUACCAUGUUCCAGUUUGCUGGUAUUAAUGUAAUUAGUUCGUACGCAAUUGAUAUUAUAGGACAUGUGGUGGGACCAGAAGCAAACGCCAAGUUUUUGAUGGUCGUGUUAGAUAUCGAGAGACUUAUUUGCAAUUUAUUAGCUGUAUAUUUAAUGAAGACGUUGAAGAGACGCACGUUAUUGUUUAGUAGUACCUUUAUCUGUAUUAUAUCGUAUUUAGGAAAGGCGUUUUACGUCUACGCUAAGCAGAAGGACAUUCUGCCCUACGACAGCCAAUGGAUUCCUAUAAGCUUAAUAGGUUUAUACAUGUUCUCGUUAACUGUAGGAAUAUCCUCGAUUCCUUUUGCAGUUUCAGGGGAGUUAUUCCCUCUAGAAUAUCGAGGAUUGGGAGGUGGAGUUAGCUACUUAGCAUUAUCACUUAACUUCUUCGUGGCUGUCAAGUGUUUCCCGAUGUUAACCACUGCUGUUGGAUUGUCUAUAACGUAUCUAUUAUAUACGGGCAUGGUGGUCUUCUGCAUGACCAUAGUCUGGUUCAUGUUACCAGAGACAAAGGACAAAACUCUUCAGGAGAUUGAGGACAGUUUCCGAGGGUUCUCUCCUGAGGACGCUAAGAGUGCUGAACCUUUAAAUGGUGUGAACAGCGGAGGAGAAAUGAUGCGAAGAUGUAGCUCUCAUAUUCUUUACUAAAUUAGCUAAGUAUUACAAUAUUCGGCUAUUUUUUUUAACAAACAGAAAAUGAUAUUAAUCAUAUUUCUUGCCAAUCACGUGUCGAAUCGAAUGGAAUGAUAAAAAUCUAUUUUGUGAAGUUUUUUCCGAAACAAAGGUUGUGAAAUGUGAAUGGUUUCCUAGUGCCAAUAUUGAAAUUUUGUGACGCUAGAUAUUUUUGUACGAUUUUAUAGCACCUAUAUUUUUAUAUUUUAAGUAUUUCAUACAUAUCAAACGUGUUAUAAGUGUAUAAAUCUCAAUAAAACAAAUAAAUAUUC